AUGUUAUUUGUCACUGCUGGUUCUGUUGUUGUGGUGAUUAUUGAUAUUCACAAAAAAAAAGUCACCAAGGUCAUCAAGUCAAGGGAUGCCAGUACUCUGGAGAAUCAGAUAAAGGCACUGGAGGCCCAACAUAAGGAGGACAUGGCCAAGCUGGAGGCGCAACUGGAGGCGCAACGAAUUGCACUGGAGGCGCAACGAAUUGCACUGGAGGCACUCAAGGCCCAACUCAGCUCCAUCUAG